UUGUUUGUCUGUGAGUGUUUUUGUGGUUUUUGUCUUGGAAUAAAAAUUAUUAUUUUAGAUUUUAAUUUUGGCUAAUAAUGACUAUAUUUGUGCCGUGUGCUAAUAAAAAUAAAUGAAUCGGGACUAUUUUAAAAUAUGUAAUAAAAUGUAGUUAAGUGAUAUCAGGUUUGACUGGCUAAACGUGUAGGUACUUAAUUUCUUCAUAUUUAUAAUCUUUCCUUCAAUAAUAUUGUAAUCUGUUUAUGAAAACGUAUAGAAUGGCCUGCUCUACUUCGGAGAUGCAGGAUAGGGUAAAAUUGUAUAAGUUCACGAAGAUUUUGACUUUGAAAGUGGCACAGAUUGUAGUGCAAAGCAGGCAAGGGAAGAAAAUUGGCCAUGAUAUUAAUAAAGGGAGCGACGAAGGCCCGCCCGCAUCUCUUCACACUUUGCAGUGGUUCAACCUAUCAAUACCUGACAUGGCAGAAGUGAACAGUGAUACAAAACGAGUGCUGAACGGAGAGGUGGUUGAAGCGCUUAGCAACGUACUGUGCAUCGAGAUAGUUCUACGAACAAAUGACGGCGAUGAGAUGGUCCUAGAAGUGUGGACGGUUAGACUCACCCCGAGUAACUCUUCCGAAAGUGUCACCUCAGUCUCCAAUAUAUACUACAGAAUGAGCAUCAUGCUUAAGUCUACGUUGAGCAUAUCUAGGAUAACACCAGCUUAUAAGCUGUCAAGAUUACAAAAUAGAGAGUCAUAUCAAAUAUCCUAUAAAAUUUAUGGAGGACAUCCUAACCUAGAAUUUUUAGGGGAGAACUCUAAAUCUAUAAAAGUGAGUGAACUCCACACUCCAAUAGGGACUAUUCAGAUUGAAGUGGCAUACAGGACAAAAAUGAACAUACUACCAGAAGACCACAAGCCAAUGGAGAAGAAUGUUCUACAGACUAGCAACAAUAUUAUGAUAAAGAGUGAUCAUUUUCCCAAGGAAAGUCCAAGGAAAAAGCUGAAGGAAAAGAAGGCAUUGGAUCUAUCAAAGCCAUUAACUGCAGGAGCUUUUGUGGACUGCAUCCAAAUACAGGAACUGCAUGACACACUGAGCGAACAGAUUCCCCCUGAGCCGCCCAUGAUGUGGCUGCUUGCGGAAAAGGACAAGCUGGAAAAGAAAAUGCAGCGGUUGUCGAUGGGAGAGUCAAGCGAGGCAAGCAUGAGUGAACAAGCGUGUUGUUCGACCGCCGCCAGUCGCGCCAUAGACGUGCCACAGUCCAGCGACAAGCACGACAGCCUGAUGGAGUUCCCGUUCGCGGACGGCAGCCCGAUCGCCGAGCUCGCGAAUUUCUACCGCGAGUGCAUGCAAGCGCGGUCCGCCGCCAGCGGCGACUGGGCGAGUACCGCCGCGCCGGUGGAUCGCGCGACCGUCGCCGCGCAGUUGCGCAAGUGCGAGGAGGCGGUGCCCGAGUUCGACAGCCUGGUCGCGGCGCUGUGCGGCGACACGGAGGACCGCUGAUCCACGACUUCUGAAGCUGCGUAUACACUGAUGAAAGGUAACAUGCUAUGUAACAUGGAAGGAGCAUCAGUGUACACCUACAGUGAACCGAACGUGUACUUGCUCGCAUCUGUUCCCGGCGUGCGCGCGAACGUAGCGUCAGUCUGCUGAGAACACGCGAAGAGAACGGAGCGUGACGAUUAAUUGCUGUCGACGAUUGUCAGUGCUACAUUAUCUUGUUAGAAGGAAAAGCCAUACAUUAUUUGUAUGUUAGGAGUUUCCCUGAGGGAUGAGAUCCGAAAUGAGGAGAUCCGCAGGAGAACCAAGGUCACUGACAUAGCCCAAACUAUUAGCAAGCUGAAGUGGCA